AGCUUCCUCACCCUACCCAGCGAACUUCGAAACGGGAUAUAUGAGCUGAUACUACUGCACCACGAGCCUAUCGUUCCUUGGGCAGAAUACGGUCGACAACAGAAGUUUGCGCCUGGGCUGCUUCGAGCGAACAAGUUCAUCCACGGCGAAGCCAGCCCGCUAUUUUACGGCCAGAAUCGAUUCAGUUUCAUCAGGACCACCCCCGAGGAAAUAGCUUCAUUCCUUGACCAAAUUGGUAGCAGAAAUGCAGGCUAUAUUCGACAUAUCCUCAUCGACUUCCCAGAGUUCCUCUAUCUAGACCCUGGUGAUAUCACUCUCGAGGAGGACAGCGUCGACAUCCUCGCAAACAUUUGGAACCGGUGCACCAACUUGAGCACGCUUACGACGUCCCUAUACAGCACAAGUGCCAUGGAGUCUAGGCUUGACAACUUGGAACAUAACACAGUCAGUAAUGAGGUGUUAAAGCUGGUCGAUAAUCACUUUAGAGCAAUUUCAUCGCUACAAGAGAUCGUUGUU